AUGGCGGUCUGUCCUGGACACAGCCCUGAACGCCCGCGGCUGCCUUUCCCGCCUGCGUGUUGUGUGCCCCUGCGUGUGCCACUGCGUGAACCGCUGCGUGUGACCCUGCGUGUGCUGCUGCGUGAACCGCUGCGUGUGCCCCUGCGUGUGCCCCUGCGUGUGCCCCUGUGCGAGUGCCGCUGCAUGAACCGCUGUGUGUGCCGCUGUGUGUGCCGCUGUGUGUGCCCCUGCGUGUGCCGCUGCAUGAACUGCUGUGUGUGCUGCUGCGAGUGCCGCUGCAUGAACCGCUGUGUGUGCCGCUGUGUGUGCCGCUGUGUGUGCCCCUGCGUGUGCCGCUGCAUGAACUGCUGUGUGUGCUGCUGCGAGUGCCGCUGCAUGAACCGCUGUGUGUGCCGCUGUGUGUGCCGCUGUGUGUGCCCCUGCGUGUGCCGCUGCAUGAACUGCUGUGUGUGCUGCUGCGAGUGCCGCUGCAUGAACCGCUGUGUGUGCCGCUGUGUGUGCCGCUGUGUGUGCCCCUGCGUGUGCCGCUGCAUGAACUGCUGUGUGUGCUGCUGCGAGUGCCGCUGCAUGAACCGCUGUGUGUGCCGCUGUGUGUGCCGCUGUGUGUGCCCCUGCGUGUGCCGCUGCAUGAACUGCUGUGUGUGCUGCUGCGAGUGCCGCUGCAUGAACCGCUGCAUGAACCGCUGUGUGUGCCGCUGUGUGUGCCCAUGCGUGUGCCGCUGCAUGAACUGCUGUGUGUGCUGCUGCGAGUGCCGCUGCAUGAACCGCUGUGUGUGCCCCUGCGUGUGCCGCUGCGUGUGCCGCUGCAUGAACCGCUGUGUGUGCCGCUGUGUGUGCCACUGCAUGUGCCGCUGCAUGAACUGCUGUGUGUGCCGCUGCCGUGCCACUGCGUGUGCCACUGCGUGUGCCGCUGCAUGUGGCCCUGUGUGUGCCGCUGCAUGA